CUGUGUGGCCGCCAGAUGAUGCCCGAGACCACUGCUCCGCGGGCAGUGCCCAGACAAGGUGGAGCCCGGCGGGCCCGCGAAUCCGAGACGUGUCCCAGGAGCUCCAGCGCACGUGACCUGCCAUUGCCUCCCGCCGCCUCCUGCCCGCGCCAUGACCCAGCCGGUGCCCCGGCUCUCCGUGCCCGCCGCGCUGGCCCUGGGCUCAGCCGCGCUGGGCGCGGCCUUCGCCACUGGCCUCUUCCUGGGAAGGCGGUGCCCCCCAUGGCGAGGCCGGCGAGAGCAGUGCCUGCUUCCCCCCGAGGACAGCCCGCUGUGGCAGUAUCUUCUGAGCCGCUCCAUGCGGGAGCACCCGGCGCUGCGAAGCCUGAGGCUGCUGACCCUGGAGCAGCCGCAGGGGGAUUCCAUGAUGACCUGCGAGCAGGCCCAGCUCUUGGCCAACCUGGCGCGGCUCAUCCAGGCCAAGAAGGCGCUGGAUCUGGGCACCUUCACGGGCUACUCUGCCCUGGCCCUGGCCCUGGCGCUGCCCGCAGACGGGCGCGUGGUGACCUGCGAGGUGGAAGCGCAGCCCCCGGAGCUGGGACGGCCCCUGUGGAGGCAGGCCGAGGCGGAGCACAAGAUCGACCUCCGGCUGAAGCCCGCCCUGCAGACCCUGGACGAACUGCUGGCGGCGGGCGAGGCCGGCACCUUCGACGUGGCCGUGGUGGAUGCGGACAAGGAGAACUGCGCUGCCUACUACGAGCGCUGCCUGCAGCUGCUGCGACCCGGAGGCAUCCUCGCCGUCCUCAGAGUAAGGGAUCCACUGCGGGGGAGGAGAAAGCACCCUCUCGGGGCGGGUCCCCAUCUUUUUCCUUGACUCCUCUUAUACCCCAAAGCCCCACCCAGUCCAGUCACAUAGGCUCCACCCCCUGCGGGGCUCCGGCCCCAGUAGGUACCCAGGCUUUCCUCCGCUUUGGUUCUCUGUCUCCGGCUCUGGUCACCUCCCGCCCGGGGACCUCCCUCCGAGGCCCCGCCUCCUGCCUGGGCACCUCCCUCCGAGGCCCCGCCUUCCGCCCGAGCACCUCCCUCUGAAGCCCCGCCUCCCACGGCCCGGUUGGCCCCGCCCUCCCGCAGGUCCUGUGGCGCGGGAAGGUGCUGCAACCUCCGAAAGGGGACGUGGCGGCCGAGUGUGUGCGAAACCUAAACGAACGCAUCCGGCGGGACGUCAGGGUCUACAUCAGCCUCCUGCCCCUGGGCGAUGGCCUCAC